GCGGGAGAGUCGACGUCGGCAGCGGCACGGAGAUAGUGAGAGGGAGAGAGAAUGACAAAUUCGAACUGAAAGGCGAGUUUCAAUUCGCCGAGGCGAGUGUAUCUGUAAGUUAUGGUGGUGUGUGUGUUUCUCCAUUCGUUGCCGUCGCAGCGAAAGUAUCUCAAUCUCUCAGAUACCUCGGUACGGCACUCGAAAACGGACACAGCCGGUUUCCAACAAUUUCAGUACGAAAACGGCACGAAGUCGGCUUCGACGUUUUUUUUGGAAGCGCGUAGAUGAACGUCCGCAGCGAGCACUCGAUUUCUCUCAGUGCCGCAAUCGUAACACGUUGCGUAUGCGUAACGCGCACUCAGUUCUGUUUUUAGCGACUUUUCCUUCGAGCCACACAAGUUAAUUUCCCAAGUGCCGCCGCGAAAAUCACAACACAAACGAUGACAAUCACCGGGCAGCUGUAGUUUAACUUGGCCAUCAGCUAAAAUACGAGAAAUAUCUGAAAAAAGAAACACGCGACCCAACGCUUUUCCCACUGCCGACGGCAAAACACAAAAGUGCUGAAAGUAACUAAAAUUUACUUAUUUUUACCCUAAAAAAAGGAAAAAAAAAACCAAAACACAGUGCAAUGAUCGAGCAAAGUUAAGAAAAAUUCAAAACAAACAAAAAAGGAAAACCCCGUUCACGGAAAAGUGCUAGCUGAAAAGUUCUCUUGAUGAAAAAUCACCUGUCCAACGUUCUGUGUGCGAUGCGUAGUGACUUCAAGGAUAAUCACCAGGAGACCAUCAAUAAAAUGAUACAAUUUGGUACAGUGAAAUAUGGCAUUGUCAAACAGCUGAAGGAUCGCGCUCGCAGCGCUGACAAAGAUACUGGUAGCGAUCAGGAGGAGAAUGGUGGCUGCUCGCCACUGACCACGGCCACCACUACGGCCAGUCCCAGUCGGAGUCCCGAGCCCGAGGAGGAGCACCACGCAGAGCAGAGCACCCAAGAGCAGCAGAACAACCUACAAUUCGAGGUAAAAUCAGAGAUUGAACCUGUUGAGGAUAACAACAACAGAGUGGAAAUGACCAAGCCGAGUUCCGAGGAGCGAGAGCCGAAUGCCAGUGGCUCCAUGCCAAGCUCACCAGUGGCAGAGGCCAGUGCCGAGGAGGCGGCCACCGAAAGGGCGACGAUGAAGAUGGACAAGGAGAUCGAGGUGGAUGUGGAGAUGCCCGAUGAGCCGCAAAGCAGUGCGGUGCCUGCCACGGAGGUAAGCUUGCCGGGAGCAGCAGGAGCACCAGUUACCCUGGAAGCCAUACAAAAUAUGCAAAUGGCCAUUGCCCAGUUCGCGGCCAAGACCAUCGCCAAUGGUUCGAAUGGAGCGGACAACGAGGCUGCCAUGAAGCAGUUGGCCUUCCUCCAGCAGACCCUCUUCAAUCUGCAGCAGCAACAGCUCUUCCAGAUCCAGCUCAUCCAGCAGCUCCAAUCCCAACUGGCCCUCAAUCAGGCCAAGCAGGAAGAGGAACUCGAGGAGGAUCAGGAUGGGGAACAGGAUCAGGAGCAGGAAACUGAUACCUACGAAGAGGAGGAGCGCAUUGCCGAUAUGGAACUGCGCCAGAAGGCGGAGGCUAGAAUGGCGGAGGCCAAGGCCCGUCAGCAUCUGAUAAAUGCUGGAGUUCCCCUGCGAGAGUCCUCGGGAUCCCCGGCGGAAUCCCUGAAGAGGAGGAGAGAACUGGAACACGAGUCCCAGCCAAACCGUAGACCGAGCUUGGAUAACAUCCACAAAGAGGCCUCGGCACAGGAUGCCCUGGCCAAACUCAAGGAAAUGGAGAACACACCUCUGCCCUUUGGCUCUGAUCUGGCCUCCAGCAUUAUCACCCACCAUGAUGACCUGCCGGAGCCAAAUUCCCUGGAUCUGCUGCAGAAACGCGCCCAGGAGGUGUUGGACUCUGCAUCGCAGGGAAUCCUGGCCAACAGCAUGGCCGAUGACUUUGCCUUCGGCGAGAAAUCGGGUGAGGGAAAGGGUCGCAAUGAGCCCUUCUUCAAGCACCGCUGCAGGUAUUGCGGGAAGGUUUUUGGCUCGGACUCCGCUCUCCAGAUCCACAUUAGAUCACAUACAGGCGAGCGACCCUUCAAGUGCAAUGUGUGUGGCAGUCGCUUCACCACCAAGGGUAACCUCAAGGUUCACUUCCAGCGCCAUGCCCAAAAGUUCCCCCACGUGCCCAUGAAUGCCACGCCCAUUCCCGAGCACAUGGACAAGUUCCAUCCGCCGCUGCUGGACCAAAUGUCGCCCACAGAUAGCUCGCCCACCCACUCGCCUGCCCCGCCUCCGUUGGGCUCAACUCCAACCUCCUUUCCGCCCGCUUUUCCUGGCCUCCAGAAUCUCUAUCGUCCGCCCAUGGAGAUCCUGAAGAGUCUGGGUGCUGCUGCCCCGCAUCAGUUCUUUCCGCAGGACUUGCCCACGGAUCUGAGAAAGCCCUCGCCGAAACUGGAGGAGGAGCAGCUGCAGGUGAAGAAUGAACCCACUGAGGAGAAGGAUCAGCGGGAGCAGCAAGAGCAGGAGAAUGCGGAGUACUCGGAACCUGAACCGGAACCUCUGCCUCUGGAAGUUAGCAUCAAAGAGGAGCGCAUGGAGGAGGCACAGGCGCAGGUUAAGGAGGAAGAUCAUCGCACGGAUCUGAGGAGGAAACCCUCUCCUUCGUCCGAACACCGCUCCCUGCAUCACCAACACCACCGUCACAGCUACCAUGGCUAUCCGCCGGUGGUGCAGCCCAUCCAGCCAGCUGCCCUGAUGCAUCCACAACCCUCGCCGGGCUCCCAAUCCCACCUAGAUCACCUGCCAACGCCGGGGCAAUUGCCACCACGCGAGGAUUUCUUCGCCGAGCGUUUUCCCCUCAACUUUACCACCGCCAAAACUCUUUCCCCCGAGCACCAUUCACCCGUAAGAUCGCCCGCAGGGGGAGCACUUCCGCCGGGAGUACCCCCACCACCUCACCCACACCCGCACCACAUGGCCAGGUCGCCGUUCUUUAAUCCCAUUAAGCACGAAAUGGCCGCUCUACUGCCACGUCCCCACAGCAAUGACAACUCCUGGGAGAACUUCAUCGAGGUUUCGAACACCUGCGAGACCAUGAAGCUCAAGGAGCUGAUGAAGAACAAGAAGAUCAGUGAUCCCAACCAGUGCGUGGUCUGCGAUCGUGUGCUGUCCUGCAAGAGUGCCCUUCAGAUGCACUACCGCACCCACACCGGGGAGCGUCCCUUCAAGUGCAGGAUCUGCGGCAGGGCAUUCACCACCAAGGGCAACCUGAAGACCCACAUGGCGGUGCACAAGAUCCGUCCGCCGAUGAGGAACUUCCAUCAGUGCCCCGUGUGCCACAAGAAGUACUCGAAUGCCCUGGUUCUCCAGCAACAUAUUCGACUGCAUACGGGUGAGCCGACGGAUCUGACGCCCGAGCAGAUCCAGGCGGCCGAGAUCAGGGAUCCACCUCCUUCCAUGAUGCCGAGUCACUUUAUAAAUCCCUUCGCAGCAGCGGCUUUCCAUUUCGGAGCUCUGCCUGGCGGUCCAGGUGGUCCUCCGGGUCCCAAUCAUGGUGCUCACAAUGGCGCCUUGGGUUCGGAGUCUUCGCAGGGUGAUCUGGAUGAUAACAUGGACUGCGGGGAGGAUUACGAAGAUGAUGUCUCCUCAGAGCAUCUCUCGAAUAGUAAUCUCGAGCAGGAGGGCGACAGACCCCGCUCUGGUGAUGACUUCAAGUCUUUGUUGUUCGAGCAGAAGUUAAAGAUCAAUGCCACGGGAGUGGUUAACACGAACUCCGUUCGACCGCGUUCCUCCGCCUCGAGUCAUGGUCAUUCGGUGGGCUCCACUUCGGCGCCCACAUCGCCCUCCGUUCACCCAUCGAACCAGGUGAUUAAGCCCAGUUUAUCCCCUGCCCGAUCGGAUGUUUCCCAAGGAGCUUUGGACCUGACGCCACGAGCUGCUCCCACCUCGAGUUCCAGUUCGCGAUCGCCGCUGCCGAAGGUGAAGCCUGAGAGUCCGCCUAGUUUGCCCAGGAGUCCCAGUGGUCCUGCCCAUGCCCCCGCAUCCCUGCUGAACUCACCCCUGCCGCCCACCGUGGGUAUUGAUUGCCUGCCCCCCGGUCUGCAACACCAUCUGCAGCAGCAACAUCAGCAUUUGAUGCAGCAGCAGGCAGCGGUUGCGGCAGCAGCAGCGGCCCAGCAUCAUCACCACCAACAGAUGGCGGCACUACAUCAGCACCAGGAGCAACUGCGUCGCGAGGCAGCCGAGGCACAGCAAAAGGCCGCAGCAGCUGCUGCAGCAGCGGCCGCAGCAGCCGCCGCCCAGCGUCAAACCUCUCCGCAACCGAAUCAGCGACAGGAAGGCGGACCUGGGGCGGGACCACCACCCAACCCUCUGAUGGGCGCCCGUCCGCCCUUCGGAAUGUUCCCCAACCUGCCACUCUUCCCGCCCGCAACUACUCAGAAUAUGUGCAAUGCCAUGAACCAGAUCGCCCAGUCCGUUAUGCCGGCGGCUCCGUUCAACCCACUGGCGUUGAGUGGGGUCCGCGGCAGCACCACCUGCGGCAUCUGCUACAAGACAUUCCCCUGCCACUCGGCCUUGGAGAUCCACUACAGGAGCCACACCAAGGAGCGGCCCUUCAAGUGCAACAUCUGCGAUCGCGGAUUUACUACGAAGGGCAACCUGAAGCAGCAUAUGCUAACUCAUAAGAUCCGCGACAUGGAGCAAGAAACCUUCAGAAAUCGUGCCCUAAAGUAUGAGUGAGAGAAACGAUGAUAGCCAAAAACUAAACACUCUACACUAUCACGAUUGUGAUCUAGAAGGCUAACCUGGCCAUCAAGAUCACUUGGCUCCCAGAAAGAAAGUUUGGCAAUCCAAGCCCAGACCCAGUCAAGAUGCAAUCGAUUCUCGCAACCAAAUGAUCUCAAGAUUUAGAGCGAAAUGGGAGAGGGGAGGAGGAGAGUAGGGGAGAUGGGGCCGACUCUGGUGAAGAUCAGUCGAGUACACAAAUCCUUAUAUUUAUAAAUUUUGUUGCCCACAAAAAUAUUAUUUGAUUGUUGCUCGGAAAAUGAGAAGUGAAAAAGUUUCCAACUGGAAAGCGGGCAUGGUGAUCGAUUAUGUUCCAGCCACGAGGAGGAUGAGCACUUUCAUAAACAAUCUUUUUAUGAUCUGAACGGGAAUUUCGCUAAAUACAAUACUAAGGUGGGAUCAUGAAACGUAUCCAAAGAUGCAUCAAAAGCGAUUUGAGUUCCAGCUAAACAAGGCGAGGGAGAUCUGGAGGUGGAACCAAAGGCUGCUUGGUAUUGAGAGACUGAUGGCGUUUCAUGUUCCACCAAAAACUAAAAACGGAUUCGGAAUCGGAAUCUAAAGCUAUACUAUAUAUGAAUCCGAAUCCGAAUCCAAAGCAGCUGAAGAAGAAGAUAGAAAGAAAGAGAAGGCGUAGUAAAAUCAAAAUUCGAAUUUAAAGCAAAUCUUAAGGUAUAUGCUAAUAUAAAUAUAAUAGGUACCUAAGCGAGACAUGUGUACAUAUAUAUAUAGAUAUAUAUAUGAUAUAUUAUAACCAAACCCCCACACACACACACACACACUCACACACCAACGCAUAUGCAUACAUGUUAAUAAUCUAUUUGGAAUGUGCAAUAAUAUGACAUGCUAUAAAUUUAGAUGCGAACGCCGAGCGCAGGCUUUUGUUUCCUACUACUCGUAAAUUAGAUUUAUUUUCCACCUCUUGUACAUACUCCUAUAAAUAUUCACACACACACACUCUCUAUUAUUAUUAUUAUUACUAUUAUUAUUAUGAAUAACACACACAUUUCGACAUCCAAACGCUUUGCUUUCGAGUACUUGGGUUAGGAAUAAAAAUGGAAUAAAAAUCUAAAAAAUAUAUAUGAGAAAUUGUGAUAUUAAAUGUAAAAAAAAAAGAAAAAUAAAUACAAACUACGAUUGCGGUGGCCGGGGGGAGACCCAAUGAUCGAAGCCCCAGCAAAAUGCUUUCCAUAUCACAGAUGAGAGAACCACAAAAGAUAUCUAACAUUCAUAGUUAAUUUAGUCGUUAGCCGAGGGGACAAUCCCCACCCACAAAAUACACACACAUACACACACACACACUCUAAUUUCACUUCAUUGGAAGGAUUAACCCCUAGCGUUAAGUAAGUUUAUUGAGCGAUCGUACACGUAUUGAUUACCACACUUAAAUUUAACACGGAUACACACUCUGUUCGUAAGCAUUAAGCAUAGUCUCAUAAUUUAUUACGCAAAAAAAAGAAACUAAAAAUGAAUCUAUGGAGAAGAAACAAAUAAUAAAUAUAUGUAUUUAAGUUAUGAAAAAUUAAUAAGCCCUCGU